AAAGAAGUACAUCGCAGCGAUGGCAAGAACCAAGCAGACGGCUCGUAAAUCCACCGGCGGCAAAGCCCCGAGGAAGCAGCUCGCGACCAAAGCCGCCCGUAAGAGCGCUCCGGCCACCGGCGGCGUCAAGAAGCCUCACCGCUACAGGCCCGGCACCGUGGCUCUGCGAGAGAUCCGUCGCUAUCAGAAGUCCACCGAGCUGCUGAUCCGCAAGCUGCCCUUCCAGCGUCUGGUGCGAGAAAUCGCUCAGGACUUCAAGACGGACCUGCGCUUCCAGAGCUCCGCUGUCAUGGCCCUGCAGGAGGCCAGCGAGGCUUAUUUGGUCGGUCUGUUUGAGGACACCAACCUGUGCGCCAUCCACGCCAAGAGAGUCACCAUCAUGCCCAAAGACAUCCAGCUGGCCCGCCGCAUCCGUGGAGAGCGCGCUUAAACCCGCCGCUGCAUAACCCGCAUUAAACCCCAAAGGCUCUUUUAAGAGCCACCAAAAUUACACUGAACGAGAGAAUUUCCGCUGUAACGUUUAGUAGGAAGUAACACUUUAAUCACUUCAGGGACUUUGUUUGGAUCAUGUUUUUAUUCGUUGAUUCAACUUUAUUUUUUUGUAACUCGCGCACACAC